AUGGAAAACAGGCAAGGAGAUCUGAUGAUUCCUCUAAUCUCCGCCCUGUUCUGCCUUUCCGUCAUCUCCGGCGGCAUUCUCCUCUGCCUCUGGCUCUUAAACCAAAUUCAAGGAAACUGGGUUCCAAUCACAGCCCUCAUCCUCACCGGAAUCCCAUGGGUAUUCUGGUUUGUCAUCUACAUCUACACCAUCGCUAAAUACUUUCUUUUCGAUGAAAUAAAGAACUCAAGGCGACAAUCCCAUUCCCGACCCCCGUCAGCUCCUUCUGGUGCCGGAGCAGCGACGACGACCAAGAUGUCGGAGGUGGCAAUGGAAGAAGGCAGUGGAAAAGGGGAUAUUUCGGUUGCUUCUUCUAAAGAAUGCGAAGUUCCAUUAGCUCUCUCGGCUGCAUCUUGA